AUGACUUCAAACCCUCAAACUAGAUUAACAUUAUCAUACGAUCCCUUAAACCAAUUACGAUCAGAAUUUAUAAUCAAAUCAAACUCACGUCAAUUCUCAUCACAAUUUUCAAAUUUAUAUUAUCAAAGAUUAUUAAAAUUAAAAUCAAAUUUACAAUCAUCUUCAAAAGUUAAAUGGAAAGAUGAAUUUAAAUCUGUUAGGAUCUUGGAUAUUCUUGUUGGUCAAAAGAUGGUCGUUAUUGGAACUGUUUAUUGUGAUUUGAAAUUUAAACCUAAUGUUUUAGAUGACCUUUCGAGAGAAGUAAGUACUACUAGUAGUUUGAAGAAAUGGGUUUCUAAAGAUGAUCAACAGAUCACGGUCAUGUUAGAAGACGAAUCUGGUAGGAUCAAACUAUUAUUUGAUCAUCCAGAAGAGUUUAAUUUCGUCACUGGUACAGUGAUGGCAGUUUUAGGAGAAGAAACUGAGAAUGGAGAUUUCAAAGUACAUGAGAUAGUGAAUGCAGGAGUACCGAAACAAAGCAUUCGAUCCGACCUCAAAGAAGAAGAAAAAGAAGCAUGGGUCGGAAUCAUUUCAGGUUUAGAUUUAGAUGGAAUCGAAGCUAUCAGAUUAGAUCAUCGAUGUGAAGUUUUAUCAGAUUGGUUAAAUGGUCAAAUCGGAUCUGAAGAAGAAAAGUCUUUAGGAUUAAGUGUGAGUAGGCUGAUUAUUGCUGGAAAUUCAGUGAGAGCUUCUAGUUCAAGUUCUAAUCCGAUUAAAAAACGUUACGGUUAUGAUCCUUCAAGUUAUACGGCUUUACCUAUCGAAAGAUUAGAUCAAGUUUUAGCUGAAAUCGAUUUACCAAUCGAUUUGAUUCCUGGUUCAAAUGAUCCGACUACUCAAGCUUUACCACAACAACCUUUACAUCAAUGUUUAUUACCUAAAUCGAAUUUUGAAAAACAGAAUAAUAAUCUUGUGAAUGGUCCUAAUCCUUGGUGGGCGAAGAUUGGUGGACAAACGUUCUUAGGUACAUCAGGCCAAAAUCUAGAUGAUGUUUAUAGAUAUGUAACACAUGAAGAUCGAUUGAAACUAGCUAUUCAAAUGUUAGAAUGGAAUCAUAUCUCACCCACUUCACCUGAUACACUUUGGUGUUAUCCUUUUAAAGAUCAUGAUCCAUUUAUUUUAGAAGAAUUACCUAAAGUGUUCUUUAUUGGAAAUCAACCCAAGUUUGAAACCGAAUUAGUCACUUUUCCAUCAGAUGAUCAAACUAAAAUGAUUCUGGUACCAAGGUUUUCAAAAACGGGUAUCAUCGUUUUAAUUAAACCUUCUACAUUGGAAUGUAAGAGUAUUACACUUUUAAAAGAAAUGGUCAAAGGUUCAAACGAAUCGGAUGAUGAAGAGAAUCAUGAAGAUUUGAUUGAAAAUGAAAAAAUCGAAUUCGAAAUGGAUGAAGAUGAUGAAGAUGAAUAA